CCCAGGCCUGGCCCGGCUGCUCGGGAGCGCGCCCUAGGGUCCCGCCCUGUCUCGGUCCCGCCUGCCGGCUUCGAACGCUGCGGCUGUCCCUGGCGGGGUCAUCCACACAAGCAGUCACCGCUUAGAGGAGACAGUAAAAGGAAUUAAUCUUAUUACCAGUGGCUUUCAAAUAUUUGAGAAAUUUAAGAAUUGUGACUGCAGUUCUGAUUCAUGGAUCUUCAAAGAAAGCAGAGAAGAUUUCAGGAUUUACAAAGGUACAGGUUUGUGCAGAUUUGAAGACCAGUAUCUUACGAGCUUGUAAAACAGGAGCUGGAAAUAUAAUGGUGAACAACAUGGUUGGUUCCUGCUCUGUCAGAAGUUAAGGUUUAGUGAGGAAGAUAAAACCAAGCAAACAAGCAACAAAGACCUGUUUGAGAUGUGGUGGUUUCAACAAGGUCUCAGUUUCCUCCCUUCUGCCCUAGUAAUUUGGACAGCUGCUGCUUUCAUAUUUUCAUACAUUACGGCCAUAACACUUCACCAUGUUGACCCUGCUCUGCCUUAUAUCAGUGAUACUGGUACAGUAGCUCCAGAAAAAUGCUUGUUUGGGGCAAUGUUAAAUAUUGCUGCAGUUUUGUGCAUUGCAACCAUUUAUGUUCGUUACAAGCAAGUUCAUGCCCUGAAUCCUGAAGAGAGUCGUAUCAUCAAAUUAAACAAGGCUGGCCUUGUACUUGGAUUACUGAGUUGUUUUGGACUUUCUGUUGUGGCAAACUUCCAGAAAACAGCCUUUUUUAUUGUACAUGUAUGUGGAGCUGUGCUCACCUUUGGCAUGGGCUCGUUAUACAUGUUCGUUCAGACCAUCCUUUCCUACCAAAUGCAGCCCAAAAUUCAUGGCAAACAAGUCUUCUGGAUCAGACUACUGGUGGUUAUCUGGUGUGGAGUAAGUGCAUUUAGCAUGCUGACUUGCUCAUCACUUUUGUACAGUGGGAAUUUUGGCACAGAUAUUGUACAGAAACUCCAUUGGAACCCUGAGGACAGAGGUUACGUGCUUCACAUGAUUACCACUGCAGCAGAAUGGUCUAUGUCUUUCUCCUUCUUUGGUUUUUUCCUGACUUACAUCCGUGAUUUUCAGAAAAUUUCUUUACGAGUGGAAGCCAAUUUACAUGGAUUAACCCUCUAUGACACUGCUCCUUGCCCUGUUAACAAUGAACGGACACGGCUACUUUCCAGAGAUUUAUGAUGAAGGGAUAAAAUACAUCUGUGAUGAUUACGAUUCUCAGGGAUUUGGGGGAAAUGUUCAUGAAAGUUCCUUAUUCUGCUCUGAAAUUUUUAACCAGUUAAUCAAGGCUGACAGUGAUAUCGAUGAAUACUGAUAAUCAAGAGACAUGAAUAAAGCCAUUUGAUAAGUUAUUUUCAAGGAUAUCUUCAAGAAGACCCUGUAAAAACAUUUAUGCCUAUACGUUCUUUUUAAUCCCAGAAAAUAAAACCAAAGGACUACAACAA